AUGGGUCGUCAUUUGUCCGAUCAUUCGGUAUCCCCAGACAGAGUCAGAGGUCGGAGGAGCUCCCCACCUGUUGAAAGGGCAGCAGCACGAUACAGAAGUUCCCGUAGAGAUAUUUCGCCUUCACCAGUAGCCCGGCAAAAGAACUCACGGCGGGAUGCCUCUCCAUCGCCAAAAGACAGAAGACGUGCUAAUAGUAAGUCCCCUAAUGGUGAAAGGUCUGCUUCUCUUUCCCCACGUUCUAAGAGACUAAGGCGAGUGCAAGCGGAGAGAGAGGCGGAUAAACUGGGUGAUAGUAGAGACCAUGGAAAGAAUCGUGGCAGGGAAAGGGAUAGGGUUACCCAUAAGGACAGGGAGGGUCCUGAAAGAGAGCGUGAAAGAACUCAUGGUAAAGGAGGAGCGCAUAGGGAAAGGGAGGCUCACAAGGUGAUUGACAGGGAAAAUGACAAGGGCCAUGGGAGUGGAGGUGAUAAGGCUGCCUAUAAAGCAAGAGGUACAGAAGAUAGGGAAAAUAGUGGGGAGAGGAAGCAUAGUAGAGAUGAAAUGGACAGAAAAUUAUCUAGAGAUAGACAUGAGCGUUCUCUUUCUCCAACUGAUCGGCACCACAAGAGAAGCUUUGGGUCUCAGUCACCUCGAAGAGCUGCUCAGAACACAGAACGCGACGAGGUCACCAACUAUGGAGGAGCGGAUAGAAGAAAUUACGAGGAUGAUUCUGUAGCUAAGAUGAAAGCGGCUGAAGAGGCCUUGGAAGCGAGCCAAAAACAAAAACCAUCAUUUGAGCUGUCUGGGAAACUUGCUGCGGAAACUAAUAGGGUUCGAGGUGUUACUCUACUGUUUAAUGAGCCUCCAGAGGCCCGGAAACCCAACAUAAGAUGGAGGCUUUAUGUUUUUAAGGGUGGUGAAGUGCUGAAUGAACCUCUCUAUAUACACAGGCAAAGUUGUUAUCUUUUUGGUAGAGAGAGAAGGGUGGCAGAUGUCCCUACGGACCACCCAUCCUGCAGCAAGCAACAUGCUGUCAUUCAAUUCCGGCAAGUUGAAAAGGAACGAUCUGAUGGUACCAUAUCUAAGCAAGUAAGCCCUUACUUGAUGGACCUUGGAAGCACUAACAAGACUUUCAUUAAUGAGAAACCCAUUGAGCCCGAGCGUUACUAUGAGCUUUUCGAAAAAGACACAAUUAAGUUUGGUAAUAGUAGCCGAGAAUAUGUGUUAUUGCACGAGAAUUCAUUAGAGGUAUCACCAAGUCCCUGA